AAAAAAACACACUUGUUUUUUCCACAACUCCAGUUCUCCACCGAUGUUCCCGGGUCCCGGGUCGGUUUUGUGGAUGCGGGGAUGGUAGGAUGAUGUGGUGAUAGGGUAGCAUUCGCCAACGGUGUUCUCCCGCGGUGCUCCAUCGUGCUAAGACGUUUAAAGCCCAUGAAAAAGAAAAGCCAAAUUCCGAAUGGCAACUCCUUGGGUAAAGCCGGUUUAGCCUGAUAUAUUACCGUCACGGUCAACUCGUGGUGUCGUCCCGAUGGAUACUACUGUUGCCGUUCCGAUGGGGGUGGUGUUGUUCCUGCAUCUUGUUGCUGUAGUGGUGUAUAAGUAGAUCGGUGAGGUAGGGUAGGUCGGUGUGUCGUCGAGAUGGAAGGGCAGGUAGGCUCGCAUUUCCUAUUCGCCUCGUCGUUGUCGUCAAAAUGGCAAUUCUCCGGGGUUUCCUCCUCGGCCUCGGCCUCGCUCUCGCCGGUGUUGUUCAGGGCCAUGAUGAUGGCAGUCAAUGGGUCGAUCUCUGGGCUUCGAUGCCUCAGGAGGUAGAACCGCAUAAUCUGCCGCCUGCGCCGUUUACCGGCGAGGACUCCAUCUACACCAACACCACCAUCCGCCAAACCAUCCACCUCACCCAACCCGCCCCCCACAUCCGCCUCUCCCUCUCCAACGAAUUCGGCGGCCCCUCUGCCGAUCUCCACAUCUCCGCCGUCACCAUCGCCCUCCCCCUCAACGGCACGGCCGGCUCCCCCUCCAUCCAGCCCAGAACCCUCCGCCAGGUCACCUUCUCGGGCGGAAGCAAAUCCUUCACCAUCCCCAACGGCGCCAUCGCCAUCUCGGACCCCAUCAGAAACCUCAAUGUCAAAGCCGAGACCAACCUCGCCGUCACAAUCUACAUCCAGCAAGGCCAGCAAGGCAAGCGAAUCUCCGGCCACCCAGGCAGCCGAACAAGCAGCUGGUUCAUCAACGGCGACCACACCAAAGCAGUCGACUUGCCAUCCGAGGCGGUGAGGGUAGACCGGUGGUUCAUCCUCUCCGCGGUCGAAGGCUGGGUAGACAAGAAAAGAACUCACGGGAGCCUAGUCAUCAUCGGCGACAGCAUCACCGACGGCCGCGGCUCAACCACAAACGGCAACGACCGUUGGCCCGACCAACUCCUCCGCCGGCUCGAAUCCCAACGUCGCGGCGGUUCAGGAAUGAGCGUCAUCAACCAAGCCGCCGGAGGCAACAGGGUCCUAGCCGACGGGCUCGGACCCAACGCGCUGGGCCGGAUAGCAAGGGACGUCCUCGCUCACAACGGAGUAAAAUACGUUGUUCUUUUCGAGGGCGUCAACGACCUUGGCACCGCUGCCGAAGGCGACCUAGUCAAGACAGGGGAUCGUCUCAUUCAAGCUUAUGAGCAGAUCAUCACCCGGCUUCACGGGCGUGGGAUUGCCGUAUUUGGGGCGACGAUCACGCCCAUGAGCGGGCCGGGCCAGGCGUAUGGGGAACCGAGGAGGGAGGAGCAGAGGGUGAGGGUGAAUAGGUGGAUUAGGACCAGCGGGAGGUUCGACGCGGUGAUUGACUUUGACAAGGCGGUGAGGGAUCCGAAGAAUGAGACGCGGCUGAGACCAGAGUAUGACACGGGGGAUUACCUUCACUUGAACCCGACGGGGUACAAGGCCAUGGCCGAGGCGGUCGAUUUGAGGUUGUUUGAGAGGUUCAGGAAUGGGGUGUCGAGUAUUGUUUAGGAACCCAGAGAGAGAGAGAGAGAGAGAGUGGUCAAGUUAAGGUUGAGGAAGUUAAAUUGAAUGUCGGUGGAGAUGAAGCUAUGGGUUAGGGUGGGACAGUAGGGCACACUGAGUGACAAAAAGUAAUGAGGGGAGGGAGGCGGAGAAGCACAAACUUACAUAUGCACCGAAGGUCCGCGAAGACCCGAGAUGUCCGGCUUAUAUAGCUUUCCAAAUACUAUUAUGCACCAUCGAGGCACACGUCAGACUCAAAGUGGUGUGAAAAUGUAUGGAGAUGGAUGCUUACGGUAUGCAGUCCAAUGUUAACUAGGAUGCUUUCGAUGCUUCGAAAGCCCACAACAGGGAUCCGUCACCUUAUACCCCAUACCACCAGCGGCCCAACGAUUGACACAUGGCCCAACACAUGAUAGGACCAGAUAUGCAGGGUCGCAUUACAACGCUUUCCUGCCAAUGGUAAAUAC